UUUAGAACAAAACAUGGAAGUAGUUCCAAUUCAACAAAAUUUGAAUGAUCAAGAAAAUGAUCUAAACAACAAAGGAAAUCCUCUCCCAAUUGUUCAGCUCUUUAGUUCUAAUUUCGAUCUUAAUCCUAUUUUGUCAAAGAAGCAAACUGGAGAUUCUUUUUUCAGUCCUCAGCACCCUAUAAAUUCUGGUAUAUCUCCUGUUGAACAAUAUGGUGGUCCAAAUUUUGGAUAUAAACCAAGCCAAAAUUUACAUAUGGGUGGCGCAAAUUAUAACAAUCAACAUCAUGCUCAACCGACUGUUCACAAUCCUCGAGGUCAAAUUAUAGUUUCUUUAUGA